AUGACCAGAAACCAGAAUCAUGAUGAUGAUAAUGCAUCAUCAUCAUCUAGCAGGAAGAGGUUCAAGAAUUUUAACCAUAAUGGUGUGGCAUCUUGGUCGGAUGUCAACCAUGAUGUGCUUUUUUUAAUUAUGAUGAAACUGGGAGUUGUUGAUUUUGUUGCAUUCAGUGGAGUUUGCAAGUCAUGGAGGUCAUUUGCAGUCUCUAACAAAAACACGUUUAUGGCGUCCAAACCACCUAUGAAGAUAAGCAUCGGGCCCCACGUUAAUAAGGAAGACUCCUAUUAUCUCCUUGAGGACUUGAAAGAAAGAAGAUUUAAAACCAUUAUUCCCCAUUCUUCAUGCAGGGCCUAUUGCGGAUUAACUUGUGGUUACCUUAUCUUAUUCGGAUGGGAAACCCACGACUUCUGGCUUGUGAAUCCUAUCACAAGGGAUGAACUUCAUUUCCCCGAUUAUCCCUUAAGUGUAGGUGCUCGUGAAGAAGAAAUGUGGGCUAUCAGGGGUAUCCUUGUCUUUUCACAAGCAAUAACUGGGUGGGUGUUUCUUGUGUUACAUGGAACAAUAUCAUUUUGUAUAGCUGGUAAAAAAGGAUGGAAUCAUGUCUCCUCGACUCUCCCCAUUGCUGAUUUACAUGUUUUCAAGGGAAAGAUAUACACUCUACACGCCCAUUGUUCUUUGGGUGAACUCAUACUCGAUCUGAAGUCAGAGUGGAAGGGAAAAUGGACGUUACUUGAAACAAAGAGUUUUCCGAAGCCAGACUUGUACUUUCUGCGACUUGCGAGUUCAAAUGAAAAGCUUUUUGUGAUAGGUUGGGUUUCAAAACAAAAAAUGUUCAUGGAACUAGAUUUUGGGGAAAUGAAAUGGGUGUCAGCGGAAAAGACAAUACAAGAAUAUGCAAUCUUUUAUAGCUACUUUAAUUAUUCUGCUGCAUUUAUACUAGAGUUAUGGGCUGACUCUCAGACACAACAGACGGGCUAUCAUGAAUACUUCCUUGACGAUGAUAAAAGUCGAAAAUGCAUGGUCUAUUUUGAUUGGAUGUGGUACUUCCCUCAUGAUUGUUUGAAUGUUAAUUUCUUAGAUGAGUAA